GUUAUAAAAGACGAACUGACCUCCUUUUCUAUAAAAAGGAUAUUCCAAUGUAAAAUAAUUGCAAACGCCAACAAAGUACAACGUUUAACUAAAUAACAUCACAUUUAUUAUAACUAACGAAUGACUAGACUUAGCUUAUUAUUAUUAUUAUAGGUUUAUUUAUACGGUAAUGCACUUCUUUAAAUUUAAUGCAAAUAAAACUGUUUUUCCUUUUAAUUUUCCAACCAACAAAUAUCUUAAAAAUUUUGUGUAUUUCUCAAAAUAAUUAAUAAUAUUUUUUAUACGGUAUCUUUUAUUCGAGGACCAGAACUUCAAACGAUUUCUAUCCAUUGUGCGUCGAUACCUCAGUCAAUAGUUCUGGUCGCCAUACAUUUGAACAAAUUGUAACAAAAUAUACAAGAAGUACAACACCGCUACAAUGUAAUCAAUUCACCACAUUAUUUACUAUUAUAAGAACUGCUGAUUUUAAUUCAGAACGGGUUACCAGAUUUUCAAAGUCAAAUUCAGCGCUUUAAUAGUUCUAAUAUAAGAAAUGUGUUAAAAUGUGUCUGAACAGAUACUAUUAAAAGUGCAUGGAGAUUUUCGAAAAACUACCAAUUGUAUAUUUUUUUAUCUGGCAAUAUUGAAAUUGCCAUGUCUGGCAACCCCUUAUCAGCAGCUUUUUAAGUUGGCAGUGCACUGAAGUGCUAUUGAAAUUGUAAUGAUUGUAAUUAAAUGUCUGAAGUCUACAACCAAUUUGAAGUAAUAAUUUGGCAGGAUUUGACAGUAUUUAGUUAUUUAUAGUAUAGCCGUGGACACAAGUUUGGUUGUAGCAUUCAGACAAUCUGUAGGCAUUUACAUGAGCAUAUAAAUACAGACAUACUAAACUAUACUAUGCUAUACAUGUACAGAGUAAAAUGGGGUUUAAGAUAAUCUCUCUAUCGUUAUAUGGCAUACAAAACUAGUUUCGAGACAAUUCUAAAAAUAUCUUCAAUAUUUCUGCCGAUUAUUGAACACCGCACUUAUUGUUAUUUACAUUUUAAAAUCGACUUAUGAUUGGUAAGUCCUAACGUACGAUCUAUGUAAUGAGUUAAGAGAUCUAGUAUUACGGCAGAGACCUUGCUCCGUCUGAAUGGCCAUUUAACAUAUAACAUUUAUAUACUUUAGACUUAUAAACAUCGAUCUAUGGCCGUAAACCAAGUAAUUCUAUGGAGAAUUUUAAGAUUAUUUCUUUAUCCUACCUUAUGUCCUAUGUCAGCGAAGUAAGCAAGGCUAUAUAGUAGUUCGCUUCGCACACCCUUUUUUCAUAACAACAAUUAUUAUCUAAGGACCAACUUACAUAAAAGAAUGAAUGUUAAAAUUCCCCACAAAAUCAACAAAACGAUAUCGCAUUUGAACACAGACUAAACUAAAAUAUUUACUCUUACUUUCUAACAGGUGUAAGAAGAUAGAGACAGAAUAUAUUGAGGGACAACAAAAAUAAAUAGUCGCUAACAUUACAGUUUAUUAACACUGGCAAGACAUAAAUAUUAAGUACUGGGCCUUACAAAACAGGUUGUAUUUCCAAUAAAUAAUAAUGGACUUUUAAUUUCUUGGAUAUAGUUAUUGAACAGUGCCAAAAUUUUAAUAUUAAUCGGAAAGGACAUUGGAAUCUUAGUAAAAGGUGGGAACUUCAAAAAGUGAUCGUCAAGGUAUUAAGAUCAUUUCAGUGAUACUUGUGAGUGGUGAUACUCGUGAGUCAGGGUAUUAAAUAUCACUUGCAUAUAGACUAGGGUAAGGUUAGGGUAAUUUUAAUUCUAAAAAUGCUCAACUUUUUAAGCAUGCAAAUUCAAGCAAUAUUAACUGAACUAAUGACAAAAUUUGGCUUCAUGUUCAUACAAUACAAGUAUAAAAAGGAUGGAAGCCACAUAAAAUUGAUAACCUGUUCUUUUUGGAUCAAAAAUGAGUUUAUCACCAGACCAUCACAUUGUUUUAAUAAGCUACAAUAAAAUGGCAACACCAAUAACAAAAAUUUAGUGUUGCCAACGUGACAAGCAAAAUUUAUGCUUUUUUAGUAUUGUAAAAUGUUUUUAAAAUUUUUGGUGCUUUUUAACUAGUAUUGAGUUUUAACCUUACCCUCAUGUACAGUCUAUAUGAUGAAUUCCUGGCUCACGGGAGCCGCUAGCUAGCUGAGUGAGCUGUACGCAGGGGGCGGAGGGCUAGCGUCGCGGCCAGGCAUCAGGACUGCGAUCUUGUACGGGGGCGGCGCCUCGGGAGACUCGGUUACAGGCUGCGAUCGCUCGGAAGAUUGUAAGAGGGUCGCCAGCGAGAUGUCAUCUGAUGGUUCUGAUGGUGGAGG